AUGGGAAAUUCUAUCCCAAAAAAGUUGUCGAAUGCCACUGGAAAAGUCAUUCUGUCGACCGGUGAGGUUUACAAGUACGACGAACCUAUAACAGUUGCAGAGCUCAUGCUGGAGCAUCCACAACAGGUGGUGGUUGAAUUUCAGCCGGUGAUGAAUGGAAAAAAGCUGACGCCAUUGCCGGCCGACAAGAAACUCGAGACGAAAAACGUUUAUAUAAUGCUUCCGAUCAAGAGGGGCAAACCUGUGGCGCUGUCUUCUGAAGAAGCCCGUAGGGUUUUGGAAAAUGCAAAUUCAUUUCUGAAAUCUAAGUCCCUUUUCUCUUCAUCAGUGUUUCUCCCUUUGUUUGUCAGAAUUUGCCCGGCUGGUGGCGGCGUGGAGCACGACGACGUUUUCACGAAUACAAAGAAGAAGUCUUUGGUGGAAAGAAAAGAGGAGGAGCAAUCAAAAUCAGAUUAUUUCAGUGAUAUUUUAGAGGGAAGGCCUGAAUUUUUGAGUAGGCAAUUAUCAGGGAAAGGUUGGAAGCCAAGCUUGGAAACAAUCAGGGAAAAGACUAUCAAAGCCAAAAUCCACCAUUGGCUGUUUUGGGGACCAAGUUUGUCGAAAUAG